AUGGAUGAGCAGGGGCAGCGGGUGCAGCGCGGCCGCGGCGGCGCGCCGGAGCAGUGGCGUGGCGCCGUGGAGGCCGCGCUGCCUGGCACCCCGGCGUCCGCCGCGUGGCCGCACGUCGCCAGCUUCCUCGCCGCGCACCGCUACCUCCCUGGCAUCGACGUGUGCGAGCGCGUGCAUGGCGGCGGCGAGGACGGCCCGCUCCCCGGGUGCGUCCGGCACGUGGCGUCGAGCGCGGCCGGGCUGUGGGCGCGGGAGGAGCUGCUGGAGGCGGACCACUCGGCGCGGCGCCUCCGGUACGCCGUCGUCGCUAGCAACAUGGGGUUCGGCCUCUACAUCGCCACUCUCAGCGUCCUGGACGACGGCGGCGGCGGCGGCGUGGGGUGCCGGAUCGCGUGGGCGUUCGAGUGCGACGCCGUGCGCGGCGAGGGGUUGAGCGAGGCGGCGCUGGUGGCGCGGCUCGGCGCCAGCGUGAAGGGCAUGGCCGAGAGGGUGCAGCAAGCCGUGGCGGCGCCGGGCGAGGCCGGCGGCGGCGAGGCGCGCGCGGGAGGGGAUUUACUGUAACAUGUACCUUCGCUCGCUCGAGGCCAUCUGAGACAGGCUAUCAAAAGUUCACUCAUGCUGAUAAUUAUAUUUUGAGAUGGAGCUUGCGGUACUGCACUGCUACACUGCACAUGGUGUAGAGCACAAUCAAAGUGAGGGAGAUGAUUGUUCCGACCAACCGUUCGCCAUUGCUGGUCCAAGAACUGCACAAGCUUCUCCCGUAGUAAUCUGCACAUGAUGGUCAGCUCCCAGCUGGGAUGUGUCACGGUUACUUGUAUCUGUACUGGUAGUUGCUGUUUGCUAUAUGGUUUUGGUGGUUGCAUCGCAAGCUUGCAGAAAUGAACACUUUGCAGAUGCCUCUUAUGUGUUCUUUUUAAUAGACUCUGCAUGUUUCAUUGAAUAUAACGGAAAAAAAU